AUGUCAGCUGCUGAUCAGGUUCGGCUGUCCAAUUUUGGGAGCAUCUUCUCCCUCGACGGCAAAGUUGCUGUCGUGACCGGUGGAUCGCGCGGCUUAGGUUUGCACGCCGCCUCAGGUCUUUUGCAAGCCGGAUGCUCAAAGGUGUACAUCACCUCGCGCAAGAAGCAGGCUUGCGAUGAAGCCGUCGCGGCGCUAAAUGCCCUCCCCAACAAGCGACCCGGUGCCCAGGCAAUUUCUGUGCCAGCUGACAGCUCCAAUAUGGCCGAGCUGGACAGACUUGUUGCUGAAAUCGGCAAGACAACCGACCACGUCGAUCUCUUGUUCGCCAACGCGGGCGCGACCUGGGGUGAGAAAUUCGAUACGCACCCAGAGAAGAUGUUUUCCAAGGUGAUGGAUCUGAACGUGAAGAGCAUCUUCUAUACAAUCCAAAAACUCACUCCUCUCCUCACGGCCAAGGCCACCCUUGAAGACCCAUCCCGGGUAAUCAUCACCGCCUCCGUGGCAGGGAUAGGCAUUGGAGCUAUCGGUGAAAAUGCCACCCCAAGUUAUUCUAUCUCCAAAGCAGCUGCAAUUCAUUUGGCGAAGAACCUGGCCGUUGAGCUUGGACCCCGGCAUAUCCUGAUCAACGCCAUCGCACCUGGCUUUUAUCCGUCCAAAAUGGCCAGCGGUCUGAUUGAGUUGAAGGGCGGAAUGAAGGAGUUGGAAGAGUACUCGCCCAAUGGUCGUUUGGGUCGGCCAGAGGAUAUUGCGGGCUUGGUGGUGUUUUUGUCAUCUCGGGCUGCGAGUCAUUUGAACGGGGCCGUCAUUGCGACCGAUGGCGGUGCGGUGUUGAAGGGGCGUCUUUGA